ACGCAUGCUUUGAGAAGCCAGGUCCAAUAUCGAUAAGGCAAAGCGCUAGGCUGGCUUUGGCGCAGUCCCAAUCCGGUUAGCCCGCGUCCGCGUCAUCUUGGCAUUGCGGCGUGGUCGUCAACCAGCGCCCCGGAGUCUUCCCACCUGCCGCAUCCUCUUUGCUCAUCCCACGAAGCUCAUGCAUAUCGGUGCGAUUGUUCCGUUCUACCUCUGUGUUUUUGUUAAAAACUUUCUCACUACAAUGGCACCAUUACCUAGUAAAAGCUCAUUCGACACUCCUUAGAUCACGAUGAUUCUCCUGACGGAUUCUUCGUAUAUUCGUUUUAAAAGGCCGGUCAGCCUCGCUGGCCACCUGAUAUCGAAGCCUACACAUUCUUACUGCUAUGAGACUCUUUGGGAAGAUAACAUCUGGUAUCUUGGCUGUAAGCGUAGGGGUGUCGGCCCAAGAUACGUUCGAAGCACCAGACUUCAAUGUAACCGAUGCUCUCAUUAGCAACGGGGUCAACGUGUCUGCAAUUCCUGAAUUGGCAAACUUGGUCGCCCGAUCGUCCUCAAGCGGCUGCUCUAUCGCAUGUAACUCGCUCGGGCUCGUCUUCGGAAAGACUAGGGUUGCCAGGGGUCAGAAUGCAGAGUACUGGUCAAACCAACAACUGGCCAUGGAGCCGUACUGCACUUUCACCUCUAGGGAAGCCCUUGAGGUGUCAACACUAGUAUUGAUAUCUCGCCUCACCCAGUGUCCGUUUGCUGUCAAAAGUGGCGGACAUGCAGCUUUUCCAGGUGCUUCCAGUAUUCAAGGGGGCAUUACAGUUGAUUUGAAAGACUUUACUACACGCAGACUUUCUGCCGAUAAGAAGACUGUUGCUAUCGGACCGGGUAAUCGAUGGAUAGAUGUUUACCACUAUCUCACUCCAUACAACUUGACUGUUGUUGGCGGCCGAGCAGCACAUGUCGGCGUUGGCGGUCUUACCCUCGGUGGAGGCAUCAGCGACCUCACAAAUGAAUACGGUCUUGCUUGCGAUAAUGUCGCUUCUUAUGAAGUCGUGACUGCGUCUGGAGUUAUCGUCAAUGCAUCCCCAAAAGCGUUUUCGGAUCUGUACUGGGCCAUGCGUGGUGGCGGCAACAACUUCGGUAUCGUCACCACGUUCAACUAUGAAACCAUCGUACAGCCUCCCAUGUGGGGAGGUAUGCGCAUUCAUGACACAAGUGCCACGCCAGCAUUGAUCACCGCUUUCGAGAAUGCCAUCAACAAUGCUGAGAAAGAUACAAAGCUUGCACAUGUCGUUUCUUUCACGACGUACGACACCUAUCAGCUCGCUUUUACCGAACUGGAAUACUUCGUUCCAGUCGAUCUUGCAAACCCUCCCGAAGUCGUGAAAGAGUACCUCAGCAUUCCAUUCAUGCAAGAUAACACCGGUAACAGCACGCUCGAGGAUCUGACGCCUCACCGAAGUAACGAUAUGCCAUCUGGGUUUCGCACUUCCAUGUGGUCUGCAUCUUUCAAGAUGAGCGCCGAGCUCAUCCAAAAGAUGACCGACUACUUCUUCGAGAUCGCACCUGCUCUCCCCGCCGUCUCCGUCAACAUUGCUUUCCAGGCGUUCUCCAAGCCUGCGCUGGAAGCCAUGCAGAAGAAUGGCGGUAAUGCCCUUGGUCUCUACCCUGAAGAUGGGCCGUUUUUCCACGUCUUGGUGUACAUGGCUUGGAACGAGACUAGCGACGACACAACGAUGAUGAAGGCUGCUGAGGACUAUAUUCAAGUGUCCAAGACUAUGGCUAAGGAGCUUGGAGUCGAUAACGAUUACUACUAUAUGCCAUACAGCAGCGGUUAUCAGCCUGUCGUAGCUGGGUACGGUGCAGAGAACAUGGCAAGGUUGCAAGCUAUAUCGAACAGGUAUGACCCGACACAGGUUUUUCAGAACUUGCAACCUGGGUACUUCAAACUCCAUGGAGAAGCACCGCUUGACGAGAGUGUGUAGGGGUAGCGUAAUAUAUAGUUUGUCAACAGACCGGCCACAUUGUUCGUCCAAGUUAGAUCCAGUUCCUCCCACUGUGAUUGGUAAUGCUGACUGCGUUCACCACAGCCAUCUGAGGACAGCACAAAUAUCGUUACGGGUGAUUACAACUCAUCGAUGUGAAGGCUUGCAUCAAAACUGUCAUAAUUGGAAUCCAAAGCCAAGCAGCUGCAUGGCGAUGUAUCGCGUUUUAUCAAACAUGCAUACCAAGUCUAAUAUCCUGCCAUACUUUCCUAUGGUUCCACUGCCUCUCCACUUCUCGGAGUUUAGCUUGCAAAGCGCUCUAUCCAUGCCGCAUCUGCCAUUGCCUUCUCUCUACAUCAAUGGUAAUCCGCCAUAUAUGAUCUAGCUCUGCCCUACGCGGAUCUUGCGGUCGGAACUGUCCGAAGGCCAGCCUCUUCACAGUGAAUGGGGCUGGUUGC